AUGCCUUACGGGCCACGUAUGCCUAGUGUCCCACACAUGCCCAGUGUCCCACAUGUGCCUGGUGCACCACACAUACCCAGUGUCCCACAUUUGCCUGGUGCACCACACAUGCCCAGUGUCCCACAUGUGCCUGAUGCACCACACAUACCCAGUGUCCCACAUGUGCCUGAUGCACCACACAUACCCAGUGUCCCACAUGUGCCCAGUGCACCACACAUGCCCAGUGUCCCACAUGUGCCUGAUGCACCACACAUGCCCAGUGUCCCACAUGUGCCUGAUGCACCACACAUGUCCAGUGUCCCACAUGUGCCUGAUGCACCACACAUGCCCAGUGUCCCACAUGUGCCUGGUGCACCACACAUACCCAGUGUCCCACAUGUGCCCAGUGCACCACACAUGCCCAAUGUCCCACAUGUGCCUGAUGCACCACACAUGCCCAGUGUCCCACAUGUGCCUGAUGCACCACACAUGCCCAGUGUCCCACAUGUGCCUGAUGCACCACACAUUCCCAGUGUCCUACAUGUGCCAAGUGCACCACACAUACCCAGUGUCCCACAUGUGCCCAGUGCACCACACAUGCCCAGUGUCCCACAUGUGCCUGAUGCACCACACAUUCCCAGUGUCCUACAUGUGCCAAGUGCACCACACAUACCCAGUGUCCCACAUGUGCCCAGUGCACCACACAUGCCCAGUGUCCCACAUGUGCCUGAUGCACCACACAUUCCCAGUGUCCUACAUGUGCCAAGUGCACCACACAUACCCAGUGUCCCACAUGUGCCAAGUGCACCACACAUACCCAGUGUCCCACAUGUGCCAAGUGCAACACACAUACCCAGUGUCCCACAUGUGCCCAGUGCACCACACAUACCCAGUGUUCCACAUGUGCCCAGUGGGCACACAUGCCCAAUGCCCGACAUGUGCUUGACACACUACUGGCGUGAACAGGUCCUUUUAUUUUGUUAA